AUGCUGCACAUCAAAAUUUGGGUGGAGGCCAGUUUCCAGACAUGCCUGCAAAGACGGCACAAGCGAGGCAAAGCUUCAAGAAAGAGGGAUGUUGGAGAUUCUGAAGCGUGGUUUCGGGACUUGAUAUGGGCGUAUUAUGAGCAGUACAAGUCGAAGCAGCUGAACAACGCUGUGAAUGCCCUUCAUGUGGACGGUGACGUGUGCAAGGAAGAUCUUCUCUCGCAAUGCUUGCCAUACUGCAGAAGGAUGGUUGCUGCCAGAGUGCAAGUGGUAUUGCUGCCACACCAGAAGGGGGCACACUCCGAAGACCGAUGUCUCCGGCCUGCGCGAGCCAAGCGAGCCCUGGAAGAGCCCAGCGACAGGCAACCGCCUCGACUUCGACCGAGACAGGUUCCUCGCACCAGUGGAUCACACGCUGCUUACUAUUGA